AUGGAAGAUUCCAGUUCAGUUACACACGUGGAACACCAAAACACCCCAGUCCGGCGCUCCCUCACGUCGCAAACGGCGAUCAGUUUGCAGAAGAUGCGCUCCCUGGUCGCUGCAUCUAAGACGUUGCGGCGGAAGUGCAACAGACUGAAAAAAAAGAACAGUAAUUUGCAUUCACAGCUAGACAAGCUAAAGAAAGAUUUUUCCGAGGUGAAAUCCCUCGCCGAGGCGAACGGUGCUCUAACGCUGCAGUUGUGCGUGAUUUACGCAUUUUAUUCUACCUUUUAUUUUCAGGAAAAGCUGGACGAGAACGACCAGAGAGCUGAAUUUUUGAAGGAACAGUUGCAAUGCCUGAGUGAGAAAAAUCACCGCUGGAAAGAGGCAACCAUCAGGCAGGCCAUAUUGUGGCAAGCUAAAUCUCCAUGCGGCUACGAAAUGUUGCGGAAGUCUGGAUGCCUCACCCUUCCAAGUCGCUCGACACUGAAGCGCUACACUGGCUGUUGUAAUGGAGAAGUUGUUUCGUCGCUGAUGAAGCAAAGGCUGCACAUGGAAAGCGCACAUUUGUCCGAACGAGAAAAGAUGGGCUCUUUAGUUGUGGAUGAAAUGUCAUUAAGGCAAGCAGCGACGUACGAAAAAAAAGGAGACAAGGUCCAUGGCCUAGUCGAAAUGGGAGGCCUAGAAAAAGAAGUGGGCAUCCAGAACGAGCUUGCAACACACCUUCUCGCCUUUGUGUUUGUAGGCCUAUCAACGCAUUACACCCUGCCUGUGGGAUAUUAUUUCACGCAGUCAAUAAAAGGAGACCAACUGCAUCGACUAGCGCUUGAAGUAAUGAAGUCCAUCGAAGAGGCAGGAUUCCAAGUGGUCCGACUUGUAGCUGACAACCACGCUUCGAACACAAAGAUGUUCACCAUAUUCGGGAGUGGUCAAAUGAUGCCAGUUGUGCCACACCCAAUGGACAAUAAUCGGAAGCUAUUCCUUGCUUUUGACCACUGUCAUAUCCUGAAAAAUCUCCGCAACCAGUUGCUGUCCGCCAAUCGAGUGCUGUGUAACAAUGGACGGUACUACAGCCCCAAGUAUUUACGAAUGCUGCUGGACAUAACGGAAAAACAGUCGUCGUUCAAGCUUGUUCGGAACCUGACACGGAAGCACGUUUACCCGACAAACUUCGAGAAAAUGAGCGUGAAGAGGGCCCUUGAAGUGUUCUCUCCACAGGUUACAUCUGCACUACGAUACCUCAUGCAAUACGGCCGAAGAUUUGGCAUUUUCGGCUUCGAAGACUGCCUGCCAACCAUCGAGUUAAUGGAAAUGAUAUUCAAGUGGUUCACAAUACACAACAUCAGGAAUACAACCUUCCACAUUGUAAGCCGGGACCGAAACAGGAUGCCGUUCAGUUCCGCAGAUGAUGACAGGUUGUUAUGGCUGGAACAGGAAUUCUUGCCCUUUUUCGCUGCAUGGAAAGCCGCGGCACCGCACAAGAAGGCAUUCAUUUCACUUGAGACAUACGAAGCUCUGCAGCUGACCACAAUAUCCACAGUACAGUGCACACAAUUUCUUAUCCGUUCCGGUUUCGUAUACGUGUUGACUGCAAAAUUUUCCAGCGACCCUGUAGAAGCACUUUUCUCUACCAUUAGACAGCUACAGGGAUCCAACGAUCAGACAGACGCUCGUGCUGCGCUUUCAUCCCUGCAGAAAGUCCUAGUGAUGGGAUUGAUUCACUCUUCGCCAAGCGGAAGUACGGAGCAAGCAACAUGUCCUCUUGGAUCCCCCAAUGCAAGUCAGGCGUCGUGUUCCAGAGCACCAGACGCAAAACCUCAUCAAAGGCACAAAGAAGUACACCAAAAAUUUGGGUCAUCAGACGACUGUGAGGCAGCGAAAUCUGCUUCUAUGACACAAACGAUGCGGCCACAUCUGGAAGCCCUGCAGACUUGCGGUGGUCCCCCACAGCCAGGCAUUAGGGCCAGCACGCUUGGCCUUAUAGCGGGAUUCCUGGUCAAAGCAGCUGAGGACUGCAUCAGUUGCGAUCAAUGCAUCGACAAAAUCAAGGCUCCCAGCUCGUCUGGCCCCGCAACUGCUGUCAUAUUCAACUUAGACAGGGGAGGGCUCUCAUACCCAACGCUUUCAUUUCUUUCCUUUGUGGGCACUCUAGAAAGGGCAGCGGAAGCAUUUGCGCCACUGGCCAUCUGCAAAAAGAGGCCGAUGGCACUUUUUGUGCAAACAGUGCUACCUGCAGUGGCCUUGAACCCGCUUUUCAGCCAUGAAGGUGCUACAAGAGAGCACCGAGAAGCCAUCGCGCGGCUGGUCUUGCAGAAAUUUAGCCGUCCUUUUUUCUCGAACUACGUGCGCGACAAGACAACCAAAGAGGGAAAGGCAAAGAGGAUAGCUGAAAAGCCAAGAUGUCGCAAGAUUUUCAGAGUUUAAAUGCA